UUGUUAACCUUAUAUUUUUAUUUUUAGAGGAUUUUCUUUAUUUUCUUUUAAAAACUAUUAAAAUGCAACGCUUAUUUCGAUCUGCUUUUCCGCUUGUGGCAAAGCGAUUUAAGAGUGAUGCUAUUCGUGGCCCUGUUAUUGGGAUUGAUUUGGGGACAACAAAUUCUUGUGUGGCUAUUAUGGAAGGGAAACAGGCUAAGGUUCUUGAGAAUGCAGAAGGCUCUCGUACUACUCCCUCUGUAGUUGCUUUUACAAAGGAUGGUGAACGCUUAGUUGGUGCUCCUGCUCGUCGUCAAGCUGUUACAAAUAGUCAGAAUACUCUUUAUGCGACCAAGCGUUUAAUUGGGAGAAGAUUUGACGAUCCAGAAGUUCAAAAGGAUAUCAAAGUCGUUCCCUUCAAAAUUGUCAAGGCUACGAAUGGAGAUGCUUGGGUGGAAGCGCAGGGCAAGCUCUAUUCUCCGUCGCAAGUUGGUGCUUUUGUCUUGAUGAAGAUGAAGGAGACGGCUGAAAAUUAUUUGGGCACAAGCGCCCCAAAUGCAGUCAUCACUGUCCCUGCUUAUUUCAACGAUUCUCAACGUCAAGCUACUAAAGAUGCUGGUCAGAUUGCUGGACUUCGAGUUUUGCGUGUAGUCAAUGAACCCACAGCUGCUGCAUUAGCAUAUGGUUUGGAUGUUGCGGAUAGCAAAAUCAUUGCCGUUUACGAUUUGGGAGGAGGAACUUUUGAUGUUUCCAUUCUUGAGAUGCAAAAGGGUGUUUUUGAGGUCAAGUCUACUAAUGGCGAUACUUUCCUUGGGGGAGAAGAUUUUGACCACGCUCUUGUUCAUCAUCUUGUGGCUGAAUUUCGACGGGAGAAUGGGAUUGAUUUGACUAAGGACUCAAUGGCUAUGCAACGUGUUCGUGAGGCGGCAGAGAAGGCAAAAUGUGAACUCUCCAGUACAGCUCAAACUGACAUCAACCUGCCUUAUAUCACCGUUGACAACAGUGGACCCAAGCAUAUGCACGUAAAAUUAUCCCGUUCGAAGUUCGAGCAAUUGACCGCGGAUCUUAUCAAAAGAACUAUUGAACCCUGCAAGAAGGCGAUGCAUGACGCGGAAGUGAAACCAUCAGAUAUCCGUGAAAUUUUGCUUGUUGGAGGAAUGACUCGAAUGCCAAAGGUUCAACAAACUGUUCAAGACGUUUUUGGCAAACAACCAAGUAAAGCUGUCAACCCUGAUGAGGCUGUUGCUAUUGGCGCGGCUAUUCAAGCUGGUGUUCUUGCAGGGGAUGUUACAGAAGUUGUCUUGCUUGAUGUUACUCCACUCUCUCUUGGUAUUGAAACUUUGGGCGGUGUAUUUACAAAGCUUAUCGGAAGAAACACAACAAUUCCUACGAAGAAAAGCCAGGUUUUCUCGACUGCUGCGGAUGGUCAAACACAAGUUGAAAUCAAAGUUUUGCAAGGAGAACGUGAAAUGGCUGCUGACAAUAAACUUCUCGGACAAUUUUCCUUAAUUGGUAUUCCUCCGGCUCCACGUGGUGUUCCACAAGUUGAGGUAACAUUCGAUAUUGAUGCCAAUGGUAUUGUUAAUGUUUCUGCACGUGAUCGUGGUACUGGAAAAGAGCAGCAAGUUGUUAUUCAAUCGUCUGGUGGACUUUCUAAGGAUCAAAUAGAGAAUAUGGUCCGUGAUGCUGAAAAACAUGCUGCUGAGGAUGCUGAGAAGAAGGAAGUUAUUGAAGCUAUUAACCAUGCUGAAUCAGUCUUACACGACACGGAAACAAAGAUGGCUGAGUAUGCGGAUCAGUUGAAUGAGGAUGAGGUCAAAGUUGUUAAAGAACGUUGCGAGAACCUUAAGCAGAAGUUGACGAAUCGGGAAGCUCUCAAAGCUUCUGAAGUUCGCGAAGGGAUUAAUGAAUUACAACAGAAGUCAUUGAAGCUUUUUGAAGCUGCAUAUCGUAAAAUGGCUGAGAAAAACCAACAACAACAUCAAACUUCUGAUUCUUCUACAAAACAAGAUGAGGGAGAAGAGGCUGCUAAAAAAGAAGGGAGUCAAUAA